AAGUUUUGAUGUUCGAACGCGAGGUGUGAAAAUGCGAGGAAUAGUGCGAGUAUCUGGUCGAGACCGAUUGUUACUCCAGCGCAUUUUCAACCACGGUUACUUGUCAUGUGCCGGAAUUUCCAGUGCGUCGAAAUAUUUGAAGCAUGGCUUAGACGAGCCUUUUCCCCGUAAAUAUGAUGCUCGUCAAGUGGAAGUCGGAUGGAACGAUUAUUGGGAUGCUCUGAGACGAGAAUCGAAUUCGAAUAGAAGACAAGAUGAGCGACCCACAUUCAGUAUGAUUCUGCCUCCGCCGAAUGUCACUGGGGCUUUGCAUCUUGGUCAUGCUUUGACUAUUGCCAUACAGGACGUUGUCAUAAAAUGGAAUACGAUGAGGGGGCUGAAAACCUCAUGGACGCCAGGUUUUGACCAUGCGGGG